AUGGAUGGUGUGAGUGUCUGCACUGUUAGUGUUAGAGUGACCAACGGUCUCAUCACCGGAAAGGUGGACACAUUUAACGGCACCAAAUUGAACGUGUUUUUAGGCAUCCCAUACGCUAAGCCUCCGGUGGGCGCUCUAAGGCUCAAAAAGCCUGUGCCUGUGAACAGAUCGUGGACUCAACCACUGGACGCCACCCAAUGGCCCAAAGCCUGUGUUCAUCAAAAAAUACACCAAAACUAUUUUAACGUUGAUAUGAACGAGGAUUGUCUGUAUUUAAACAUAUGGUCGCCAGCGUUGCCCAACUCUACUGAGACCACAGCCCUGAAGCCCGUCAUGUUUUGGAUACACGGCGGGGGUUUGAUGUGGGGGUCGGCGGUGGAAAAGUGGUAUUCCGGUCACGUGAUCGCCGCUAUGGGCGAUGUAGUGGUGGUCACAUUCAACUACAGACUUAGCACUUUCGGGCUGUUAUACACGGGUGCGAAACACUCGAGCGGCGCGCCCGGCAAUAUGGCGCUAUGGGAUCAGGCGCUGGCACUGGAGUGGGUGGUCGACAAUAUAGCCAACUUUGGUGGCGAUCCGACUCGUAUAACAGUGUUUGGCGAGUCGGCCGGUGCCAUAUCAACCAGCCUUCACGUCGUGUCACCAAUCACUCGACACCUGUUCCAGAGGGCGAUCGUGAUGUCGGGCGCGUUCACUAACGCUGUCUGCAACGCCAACGCAUCGGAGCGGCUCUGGUAUGAAAGGGCGGUCGCUAUUGGCUGCGAUGUCGGCGACAAAACUGGCAAAACUUCGUACGAGUUUACGCCCGAAAUGAUUAAAUGUAUGCGCGGUCUGUCGGCCGAUGACCUGUUGAAAGCCAAGGACCUUACUUAUAGCCCAUGCGAACUCGACUUUAUGAUCGACGGCCACUUUCUGCCUCACAAUCCAAUUGAAAUGCUUAAAUCAGGUGACCAUAAGAAAGACAUGGAUCUGUUGAUCGGAACGGUGGUGAACGAGGGCUCAUUUUUAUUCCCUAUUAUGAUUGAUCCAGUUCAGUUUAACAAACGGCACCCAAAGCAUAUGACUUACGCCGAGGCUCGCGAGUACGCCAUCCGACUGGCGGACAGCCUUCAAUCAUAUCUGACACAUGUGUCGCAUCGGCCACCUGUCGGUGAUAUUCGUAUAGAUGGCCAACAAGUGGCUGACAUAUACCUCAACGGUCUGUCCAAUGCGACCAAAUCCGAAGUAUUUAUGCAAAGAAUGGGCCAAAUGUACGGCGAUUUCCGUCUCGGGUGUCCUAACAAACUGUUUGCCCGAUAUAUACACUCCGGUCAGCCCAACAGUCGGGUAUAUGAGUACUACUAUAGCGCUAAGUUUGCUGCCGGGGAUCAGUUGUUUUGCGCCGAUUGGAUGGGUGUCUGUCAUUUCGAUGACAUUUACAUCGUGUUUGGUCUGCCGUUUCAAGAGUACGACAGGUAUGGCCGACCCGAGCGCCACAUAUCGGCCCAAAUGAUUGAGACAUUUACACGGUUUGCGUGGACGGGACGCCCGGCCAGACUGUCGGGCGCCGAUUGGCCCCAGUAUUACACGAUCGCCGGAAAUACAGUUAUCGCUCCGUAUUAUGAGUUUAGUGUUGAGCCCAAAGUUGACACUAAUUUUGGUCUAAAUGUUAAGUCCGUUGAAUGCGAACAUCUUUGGUAUCAGUAUUUGAAUUAG